CUUGUGAGUGAGUUCAUUGGUCAGUCGGGUUAUCAGUAAUGAGAGUGAGUUCAACCGCCUCGAAUUCAUCAUGGCUACGGGGCUUGGUGAGUUUCUGCGUAAUUUAAGACAAGGCCUCGUGAAAACUGAAGAAACUACUAGUGGAGAGGCUCAGAAAGAGGAAACUGCGCGUGCUGAAGGUGCAAGAAGGCGGAGAGAUCAUGACACUUCCUCGACCUCGACGUCUUUGCAACCUGAACAGUGUAAAACUUUGUUUGUGUCUGAACAGUGCGGUGGGGACAGACAUGGAAAUUACUUGGAGAGGUUGCCUUCUGAGAUCAUCCUGAAGAUUUGCUCUUUUCUGGAUGCCUCGUCUCUGUUCAAUAUCAGCUUUGUCAACAAGCGGUUUCAUGAUCUGGCCAACAGCAAUGCUCUGUGGUCUGUGUUGUAUGCUUCUGAGUUUGAGAAGAAAAAGUGGAGACCCCGAGUAAGAAUUAUGACAGAAGCUGUGAGCAGCACAAGUGUGGAAGAGAAACCUGCGGGAUACUGGAAGAAGCUGCUACUCAAGGAAAUGGCUGGCUACAAGGACACCAUGUGGAAAACAGAGCUAAGACACAUGAACCCGCACACAGGCAUGCCAGCUCUAACAGAGCAAGUUCUCAGGAGGUUACACAUUCAGUGGGAGAUCACGCUCACAAAAAAGAAUGGACGUGAAAGUGUCCAUAAGCAGUCGCACAUUUUCUUCGAAGAUUCCUCGGUUACGGUGUGCUGGAGCCGUGGUGUCUGGCCGUACAUGAGCAGUCUUGAGGGCCUGCAGCUUCAUGGAAUAAUGUGUCCAGCCCUACCUGGUCCAGGAGACAAGCCAAGGUGGCGCUCUCUGAUUCACAAGACAAGUUUAAGUAGAAGUAUACCCUGGUCAUUCCUUGGUGCUGACAAGCUUGUGAAAUUGCUGAAUUUGAAUAAGGGCAUCAUUGUCGGAGUCUGGCGGGGCAAUUGGAAAAUUGCCUUUAUCAUGGUCAACCUACACUUCCACAAACUGAUUGAAAGAAGUCUCCUUGGGUCAAGAUUUUGUCCCUACGUACCCACGGGUGGCACUGCUGCGGACCCUGACUGUGGACGCCAUGGAUACACUCUGCACAUUGUGCUUCACAAUCCAGUUCGGCGAAUCAUGUGUCAGCAUUUUUCCCCACUCUACACCAGCAGAGUGCCGUUUCAAGAGGACUAUGUGCAGUUAAUCGCCAUUAAUUUGGCUGAUGUGCCUAAGCACAAGCCUGUGGCAAAGAUCAGUCUCCCAUGGCAAGCAGAAGGAGUGCAGGGAGAUGUUGAGGUACCUAUGAUUCAUUCCUGAUUCUUACACUCAUUGGCCACUUUAUUUAGACUUCAUUUCUGGAACUGACUGGUUAGUGCUGGCAUGCUAUUCUUAUGAUAUUGUCUAUAAAUAGAUGGGUAGGUAUCAUGCUGUGUGAAUGGGGAACAUAGACAAAGCAAAAUGCUUAACACUUACGCCCGUUUCACACUGCAAGCGUAAGCAGCGCGUGUGCAGCGCGUGUUUUUUUUUCAGCGUGCAUGUUAACCAACGGAUGCAUUCACACUGGCAGCAGGAGCAGCGCGUGAGCGUCAAGCAGGAGCGUCGCGUGACCAGCAGUGAAGCUGGGGUUUCGGCGCCUAGUCUAUUUUUGCUGCGCCGCUGACGCUCAAUUAAAGUGAAAGUACACUUUUGAUGGACAAAAUAAAUAUAAUUUCACACAAAAAGUGUUCAAAAUGCACAGAAUAAGCAUGUCUAAUGUGUUUUAACAAGAAUUUUAGUAUGACAGAAAAGAAAAUUAAGUAUAGAAGAUUUACCCAUUUAAACUUGUUUUUAAUUAUUCAGUUUGGGUUAAAGUAUGGUGUAUUAUAAAAACUGAAGUAAACUAGCCAGAAAAUAUGAUAUAUAAACAUUCUUUUAGUUAUUACACAGACAGAUAUAUAGGCUGCAGCAUUCCCAAAUCAAACCCGAGUUUGCUGCCUUGUAAACAUGUGCACGCGGCAGAUGAUGUAAAACACAAAGCUUACCUCAUUCAUGUGCAGCAAUGGAUGACACAAGGCUUUUAUUUAUUUAUUUUUAUUUAUGUAUUUAUUUACGUUUAUAUGCGAAUGUUGUAUACCUCCCCAUGUUAACAAACUUUCAAGACUAUCAAGUUUAUAAAUGACCAACUUAUUUUUUUAUAGCUGUCUUUGUAAAGAAAUGCUCACUUUAUAUGUAGCUUCGAGCCGCUGCUGUGACACUGUACAUACGCUUCCAGUGUGAAUACUCGCGCGUCUCUGCAGCUGCAGUGACGAUGUUUUUACGCUCACGCGCUGCUCACGCGCCGCUCACGCUUGCAGUGUGAAACAGGCGUAACGCCGAUUUCACACUGCAAGCGUAAGCAGCGCGUAUUUUUUUCGGCGUGCAUGUUAACCAACGGAUGCAUUCACACCGGCAGCAGGAGCAGCGCGUAAGCGUCAAGCAGGAGCGUCGCGUGACCAGCAGUGAAGCUGGGGCGCCGAGUCUAUUUUUGCUGCGCUGCUGACGCUCAAUUAAAGUGAAAGCACACUUUUGAUGGACAAAAUAAAUAUAAUUUCACACAAAAAGUGUUCAAAAUGCACAGAAUAAGCAUGUCUAAUGUGUUCUAACAAGAAUUUGAGUAUGACAGAAAGAAAAUUAUGAAUCAAAAAUACUUAUAGAAGAUUUACCCAUUUAAACUUGUUUUUAAUUAUUCAGUUUGGGUUAAAGUGGUGUAUUAUAAAAACUGAAGUAAACUAACCAGAAGAUAUGACACAUAAACAUUCUUUUAGUUAUUACACAGACAGAUAUAUAGGCUGCAGCAUUCCCAAGUCAAACCCGAGUUUGCUGUCUUGUAAACAUGUGCACGCGGCAGAUGAUGUAAAACACAAAGCUUACCUCAUUCAUGUGCAGCAAUGGAUGACACAAGGCUUUUAUUUAUUUAUUUUUAUUUAUUUGUUUACGUUUAUAUGCGAAUGUUGUACACCUCCCCAUGUUAACAAACUUUCAAGACUAUCAAGUUUAUAAAUUACCAGCUUAUAAAAACUAAUUUAUAGCUGUCUUUGUAAAGAAAUGCUCACUUUAUAUGUAGCUUGGAGCCGCUGCUGUGACACUGUACAUACGCUUCCAGUGUGAAUACUCGCGCGUCUCUGCAGCUGCAGUGACGAUGUAGUUACGCUCACGCGCUGCUCACGCGUCGCUUAAGCUUGCAGUGUGAAACGGCCGUUACUGUAUGCAUUGUAAUAGACAAGUGUGCACCGUUUAUGUAUUUUGCAUAUCUUAAACAUUCCUUCUAUAUCGAGAAAUUGGGAUGCGAAAAGUAACAAUGUUUACUUGCUCUACCCCUCAAGCGUUGCUGUAUGAUGACUCUGACAGUUCUGGAUGAGGCUCAGCGUCCCUUCUGGUGUGUGAGUUCUCCUGUCAAGAUGUCCAAUAAACUUAGAGCGGUAGACUUGGAAUACGAAGGUGAGCAGUUCAUCAUCGUGUACGAGGAUGUGGAGGGAAAGGUCAAAAUGACCUUUGUGUGGAUGGAGAUGCUUCAGCAGUACUUUUUGGUGCAGUUAAGUACUGCAUUCCCAGCAGCCAAAGUGAAAAGGCACUUUGGGGGAGAAUCUUGAAAAUGUUGCCGUAUCUGGUUGGUUUACGUUAAGAAAAGUUGGAAUGAUUCUGGCAGUGCUUUGAGUUGUAAAUAUCCAAAGAUGAUUUUGGAAUAUUUUUAUUUUCCUCAAGCUUAUUUCUUGUUCAUGAAACUGUUGUGCUUUUUGUCAUUUUAAUAAUGUAAAUGUCUGAAUUUUUUUGUUGAGUUUCAGAGACUGUUGUUUAGUCUGGAAAUGCCAGAGCGCUACUUUAAUUUUUAUCACCAGUUUAAAUUUGGUAAAAGUUGUUAAUUUUUGGCAUUAUGUUUCUCACUUUCAUAAAGGAGAGUAAAUUCACUUAAGACAGUCAAUAACAAAAUGGUUUGAACAUCCUGUUUACUGUAUAACUAAACUCACAUUGUAAACUCAAAUGUUGAAUUUAUAUGAAUUAUUUAUUUCUCAGUAAUGUUUUUAUGAAGGUUAUUCAAGUGCUGGAGUGAUGCUUGUCGAAACGUUAAAAAGGACAUUGAGGAAAAACUGUUCAAAACAUUGAUUGAUAUGGAGGCACAAUUUCUAAUCAGCUAAAAUUCUUCUCCAUUAUACCAGCCAUUAUGAAAACAUUAUAUAUAAUAGCUCUUCAUUUACAUUAAUGUAAUAUCCACACUACAAGCAUCACCAUAAGAAAUUGCAAAAGUAAAAACA